AUGAGUAAAUCUCAGUCGCCCUACGAUUCCCUGCGCAACAUUCCGCAGUACUACGAUUACGCGGAUUCGCACAACUCGGCCCUCGCCCUUAUCCUCGCUCUCCGCCCAGAGUGGAAAGACUCAAAGGACACAAUUGAGUUUGUCAGGUUCACAGAUGGAAUCACAAACACGCUUCUCAAGGCGGUGAACAAGCUACCCGGCCUAUCAAAGACGGAAGUCGAAGACGACGCCAUCCUGCUGCGCGCAUAUGGCAAGGACACUGACGUCCUCAUAGACCGCGAGAAGGAAGCUCGCUCUCAUUCGCUGCUUGCCCGCCAUAAUCUCGCCCCGGCUCUCUACGCCCGGUUUGAAAAUGGUCUCCUAUACAAGUUCAUUCAAGGCACCGUGUGUACGCCUGCCGACCUGCGUCGGCCAGAAGUAUGGCGAGGAGUAGCUCAGAGGUUGGGAGAAUGGCAUGCCACAUUACCUAUUUCGAGUAUUAGCAGCAUAUGUCCUGCGCCUGCCCAACUCACUUCGCAAAACAACAAGCGUGAGUCUCUGGUUGCCAUGGCCACACUCACACCAGGCAAGCCCAUUCCGAAUCUGUGGACUACUAUGCAGAAAUGGAUCCUUGCCUUGCCGACCAACACAACUGCCCAGUCGGAGAGGAAAGAUGAGCUGAUGCAGGAACUCGAAAGUCUGAUGCAGAUACUUGGUGACACGCCAGGAAUCGGUGGCUCCAAUCCGUUUGUCUUCGCCCAUUGCGACCUCCUCUCAGGCAACGUGAUCAUCGAGCCCUCGCCGUCUUCCGCCUCAGCCUCUCGUCGGUCCAGUGUAUCUAGUUGCUCCGACGAGCCUGAGACGGCAGCCUGUGUUUCCUUUAUCGACUACGAGUAUGCUACGCCUGCACCUGCUUCAUUUGACAUUGCAAACCACUUUGCCGAAUGGGGUGGUUUUGACUGCGACUACAACGCCAUGCCCACACGCACCAUCCGUCGCGCCUUUCUCCGCGAGUAUCUGCGCAGCUUCAGUACUCAUCAAAACAAGUCAUACAACGAGUCUGAGCUUGAUCAGUUGUUUGAACAGGUUGACUUGUUCCGUGGUGUCCCCGGUUUCUAUUGGGGUAUUUGGGCAUUGAUCCAAGCACAAAUCUCGCUCAUCGACUUUGACUAUGCUAGCUAUGCUGAGAUUCGACUAGGCGAGUACUUUGCGUGGAAGAAGGCUUACAAUGGAGGGAAAGAAGAGAAGAAUGAGCGUAUGAUGCUCAGGGAGAAGGUUUGGGCUCAGGAAGAGUAG